AUGAGUUCAUCUAGAGCGACAUUCUACGCGCACCAGACGCUCAAUCUCCACGCCCGAUAUGGACUAUCGGACAACGCGAAAAAACUUCUCCGAGCUCACGACAACUGGAAGAUGGGAGGCCUUGAGCGAGAUCAACUGGGUCGUCUGGUCCGAAUGUCUCCCGACAUGCGCAAGUCAAUCACAGAUACCAUCACCAAAUGCGCCGAGAUAAUGCGCAAGAAACCUGCCGAGGUCAAGAAUUGUAUCGAUAUCAUCCAGGCCUGUACUGAGAUUCUGGAUGCUGCUGACAAACCACCCGAUUUGGAAGGCUUCCCAUUCCUCAAACUACCCGCCGAACUACGUCAGAACAUAUAUCGCUGGUACGCCACCAAAAUCGUAGCCACGACGUUAGUUGCCUAUUCGAACGAAGUGGGUUGCGACUGCGGCAAAUGGACACCUCCAAAUCCUUCAACUCUCCCUGCUAUACAUCGCGUAGACAUGGCGUUGGCUAGGACCUGCAGUCAAAUCAAGUCCGAAUACCUUGAAUUCAUCUAUCACAAAUACACCUUAUAUUUCGCCUGCAGCUGUGAAUUGAAUAAGCGCUUGAAAGGCAACUCAACCUUGCGUGCCAGUCUUCGUUCAAUCAAGGUCCAUUGGACAGGCCCGGUGUCGGACAAAGCCUUCAGCCGUCUCGCCAAGUGCAAGGAGUUAAGACAUCUUGACAUAGCCAUCUCCAAGUCAACUACCAACUUUGAGACGCCUAGGGAGAAGGAGAUGCGGCGUUAUUUUCAUUCGAUGAAGCCAGCUCGACUUGCGGACGCUCUGGGAAUCGAGGAACUGCUCAGUAUUCGAGGCCUUACGUCGGUUUGUGUCUCCCACGUGAACGGCAGACAGAGCACAAAGCGCACGGAUGAAGAGCGGGCAAAUCUCCAGGGGCUACUAAUUUUCAAACUCCGCGUCCCCGAGCUCGACUAG